AUUUACGAAUUGCUUAGUAUAAUCUGUCUACCUAGUGUCUCGCUUGAUUGUCGAAUGCUUUCGUUUAUUGCUUAUUUUCGUAAUUUGUUAGGAAUUUAAUUUAUUUUUGUGUGUCUUGUCUCAAUAACCUAAAAUAUUACCAUAAAAUUUAUGUGGAAUACAUUUCAUUGAUAAAAGUUUAUGAUGAUGUUGUAGAACUAUAUAGUCGGCUUUCUUGUGUUAAGUGAGUAGAUUAUUUAUUGAGACGUCAUGGACGGUCCACCGGGAACUACGUCUGGAGGUAGUACCAGUUCUAUGGGCCCACCGCCAGGAAUGCCGAGUUUUCCUCCCAUGCCUCCAUCGUCAGGCCCCAUGGGUCCUGGAAGUAUGCCGCCUCCUCCAGUGGGUCCACCUGGUACAAUGCCUGCAGUCACAACAUCUGGUGGUCCACCAAACAUGCCACCACCAGGAAUGGGUCCACCUCCUAACAUGAUGGGUAUGGGUCCUCCUGGUAUCGGUCCUCCACCCCCGCCCGGUUUGGGACCCCCAGGAAUCAACAUGGGACCUCCUCCGAUGGGACCGCCAGGCCUUCCGUCACGAAUGCCUCCUAACAUGAUGCGGGGAACAUCUAAUAUGAAGAGUAACUACAAUCAAACUAUAGAUAUGGGACCGCCUGGUAUGGUGCCACCCUCUAGUAUGAAUCCUUGGGACAAUCAAUGCCCUCCUGGUUGGGGGCGACAAGGGAGAGGGGAUGGCCCUCCAGGAUGGGACGAUCAGGACGAUGAUGAAGAUGAUAAUGAUGAUGAAAGUGAUCCUUCAGGACCUCCACUACCAUCCUUGUUGACCAUGAAAAUAGAUACACCCGAGGAGUUUAGAAAUAAACCCCCUUCUGCUGUGGGUGGUGUUGUGCUACCAAAAGCCUUGGAGGAGGCACUCGCUUACAAAGAUCAAAGACAAGCUGCCUUAGGAGAUGAAGCAGAUAAAGUAACAGAGCAAACAAAGAAACCUGAACCUCCACCGGCACCUGUGAUCAGUACAGAGUAUGAUGGUGAAGAAGAAGGAGACUCGGAUGAAGAUAACAUACCAGAAGCUCCCUUACCACCAAUAAUAUCCAAGCAAGAGAAUCAAACAAAAGCGAGUAAAACUAAACGGAAAAAGAAGAAGAAGAAGGCGGCGAAACAGAAGAGAAAAGAAGCAAAGUCGGCCGACGAAAGUAGUAGCAAAGAAGCCCAGAAGACCAGCGACAAAGAAAACGAAAAGGAAGCUGAAAUCGAAUACGUCCAAGAGAACAUACAGUUCCACGAACUGGAGCCCAUGUACCGUCAGUUCCACCGCAUCCUGGAAUCGUUUAAGAUAACGGAGAGGAAGGAGGAGAUCAAGGAUGAACCCGGGAAAGAUGCACCGAAACCGAGCAAGCCGCUGGAGAAAGUUACCGACCAAUUUGCAGCUGACGAAGAGGCUGUUGAGAAACACGCAGCCGAUGAGAAGGAGCGGCUCUCAAAACGCAAGCUAAAGAAGCUGUCUCGUCUGUCCGUGGCGGAGCUGAAGCAACUGGUGGCCCGGCCGGAUGUAGUGGAGAUGUACGACGUCACCGCCAGGGACCCCAAACUGCUGGUACAGCUGAAGGCUCACAGGAACACUGUCCAAGUGCCGCGCCACUGGUGUUACAAACGGAAGUAUCUGCAAGGCAAGCGCGGUAUCGAGAAGCCGCCGUUCGACCUGCCGGACUUCAUCAAGAAGACCGGCAUCAUGGAGAUGAGAGCCUCGCUCCAGGACAAGGAGGAAACUAAGACAUUGAAGGCCAAGAUGAGGGAGAGGACGCGACCCAAGCUCGGGAAGAUUGACAUCGACUACCAGAAGCUGCACGACGCGUUCUUCAAGUGGCAGACGAAACCUCGCAUGACCAUCCACGGUGACCUCUACUACGAGGGUAAGGAGUAUGAAACUCGACUGAGAGAAAAGAAACCGGGAGAUCUCUCAGAGGAACUGAGAACCGCACUGGGCAUGCCGGUGGGGCCUGGCUCUCAUAAGGUGCCGCCGCCGUGGCUGAUCGCCCAGCAGCGUUACGGACCGCCUCCGUCUUACCCAAACCUCAAGAUCCCGGGCCUGAACGCUCCUAUACCCGAGGGUUGCGCCUUCGGGUACCACGCGGGCGGCUGGGGUAAACCUCCCGUCGAUGAAGCCGGCAAACCUCUCUACGGAGACGUGUUCGGACAUCAGAGCAGCGGCCAAGAUGAUGCCGAGGAUCAAGAUAUAGACAGGACCAUGUGGGGUGAACUGGAGUCGGAGUCAGAGGAGGAAUCGGAAGAAGAGGAAUCAGAUGAGGGCGAGAAGGCCGGUGAGGGUGAGACCGUGGCAGCAGGCGUGGCGACUCCUGGUGAGGGACUCGUCACACCGCUGGGCACCAGCUCUGUACCGCCCGGACUGGAGACACCUGACACCAUCGAGCUCAGGAAGAAGAAGAUGGAGGAUCUAGAAGGCGGUGAGACACCGGCCUUGUAUCAAGUGGUCCCUGAGAGACGAGUUGGUCUCACCUCUGGUAUGAUGGCGUCCACACAUGUGUAUGACAUCAAUGCCGCAAAUCCUGGUAAACGAGCUCCGACCGGUGCAACCAGUGAGGUUGGUCCCAGCGCUGCAGCUGGUGUAGAAGUGGCGCUGGACCCCUCGGAGCUGGAGCUGGAGCCCGAGGCUGUGGCGGCCAGGUACGAGAGACACCUGCGGGAACACAGGCCCAAGGGACGCGAGGACCUCUCAGAUAUGUUGGCCGACCACGUCGCUAGACAGAAGAAUAAACGGAAGCGUCAACAAAACACAGAUUCCAAGCAAGCGAAGAAAUACAAAGAAUUCAAGUUCUAACCGUAUAAAGCAUAUCUAUAUAAGAAAAAUAUGUCUCGUCUAAGAUUAUAAAUAUUUCAUUUUUCCUUACAUAAUAAAGUUGAGCGAAAUGAACCUCUUUACUGAGUUUUGUCCUAACAAUGUUUAUGUAAAAAAAUAUUUAAAAAAAGAACAUAACCUGAACAUAACAUAUUACCAAUACACGAAGGUGGAAAUCCCAGAAUAUUUUUGCCUUCCUAAUUACUUACAAUCCUUGUACUCCUGCAAUGAACUUAAACAUUAAAUGUUAUUUAAGUCACGACAGACAGCUUGAGCCAUUUGUUGCUUCAAAUUCUUCGUCGAACUGAAUUCCCAUAUGUAUAGUUAUUCGGCUGUGGAAAGCAUUGCCGGAAUCUAUACGUAAGAUUAGCUGUAGUGAUACUAUUGAUUGCCAGCUGCUUAUUUUAAUCAUUUAGGUUUAUUUGCAACAACGAGCUACCUGACCCAUUAGCCGAAUAAGACAAAAGUAUACGGGGAGAUUUUAGCGCCAAAACUUGUUCAGUCGUGAUUGUUUGGCUCUCGUUUGUCCUAAUGUACUCACCCAAACAAAAUUCUCAAAAAAUAAGCAAACAACUCCUUAAAAUACAAAAACAUUAGUCUUAACCUUAAACCUUACCACUACAACCACCAUAUUGUUCUUAAUUUUAAUUAAGAUAAUAAUUCAAAUACGUACAAUCCUUAACUUUUCUAAUGAAAAUUAAUAUGUACCUGUGUCAGGUAUCAGUGACUGCAUAAGUUAUAAGAGCAAUUAAAAGAUGAACAUAUAAAUAGUGAAUCAA